GCUAUAUUUUUACCGGCAUUCGAGAUGCCUGCGGACACUAUAUUAUGGCCCCACAUCCGGAGAAUGUACUAUUUCACAACUGACCGUUUACGAAAAUCGUUUCUUCAUCAGAUCUUCCUCAAAAUACUCUUCUUCGUCUCUAUUGUGAUUGAGGGGGGUUUUGUAGAAGAAAGGCAGAGAUGAGCGAAGUAUUCGAAGGCUACGAGCGACAGUAUUGUGAGCUGUCUGCGAAUUUGUCCAGAAAAUGUAACGCAGCUGGUUCUAUUCUUGAUGGAGAGCAAAAAAGCAAAGAGAUCAAUGAACUACUAUCUGGAUUAGAUGAAGCUGAUGUUCUGAUAAGAAAAAUGGAUCUUGAAGCAAGAAGUUUGCAACCAAGUGUGAAGGCAAUGCUGCUUGCAAAGCUUCGAGAAUACAAAUCUGAUUUAACAAAACUGAAAAGGGAAGUUAAGAAACUUGCUUCAGCUAAAUCCAGUCUAACUGCACAUGAAGAGUUGCUGGAGUCCGGAAUGGCUUCUUCAGAUCAAAGAGAUAGACUGAUGAUGUCAACUGAGAGGCUAAAUCAAUCUAGUGAGAGAAUUAAGGAUAGCAGGAGAGCUGUGUUUGAAACAGAAGAACUUGGUGUCUCAAUUCUUCAAGAUUUGCAUCAACAACGAGAAAGUCUUCUAAAUUCCCAUGCAAAGCUGCAUGGAGUAGAUGAUGCGAUUGACAAGAGUAAGAAAGUGUUGACAGCAAUGUCAAGAAGGAUAUCAAAGAACAAGUGGAUACUUGGGUCUGUGAUUGGAGCUCUUGUGCUUGCCAUUAUUUUUAUUUUAUAUUUCAAGCUUACUCAUUAGCGAUUCUCACAUCUAAAACAUGUUUGACCAUAUUAUAUUGGGUGUAUGUAUGUAUAUAUAUGUUGUUAUGUUUUAGACCUUGUUUGCAGAUUUGUUAUAAAAUUGACAUCAACUUUGAUUUUU